AUGAUAACGACAUCAAUCUCAAAACGUAAUAGAUCAGAUUAUUUCAAUAGAUCACUGAAUGCUGAUAAUAAGAACAUCGGAAAUUUACCUCAUUAUUAUAAUAACAGUAGAAUUGUUAUUGGUAUAGGUAGAGAUAGCAUCGAUGGUAGUGUUGUUGAAAGAGGAAUUUAUUUUGAGCGUUCAUUUUCAAGACUACAAAAUGCGAUAAUACGAGAACGAUUUUUAAGGAAGACAUUAAGUCAAAUCUUACAAAACUUAAGAUUCAUAUUAGAGAAUGAAUCAAAUUUUUCUAAUACCAAGAAAUGGUGGAUAAUAAAUAGAAUAGUUGAUUCCGAUUAUGAGAAUGCAAUUUUAACAUUGUUAAGAUAUCAUAAACAAGAUUAUAUUAGAAUACCUUUUGAUUCGGAUGAAUAUUUCAAACGAGAUUUUAGAUUGGAAGAUUUUCCUGAACCCGAUUUCUUUCAUUCUUAUGAAUAUAUGAAUUUUUCUAAAGUCGCUAAAUUGAGAACCAUUGAUUUUACUUAUCAUGAUAAAAAUCUUUAUGCAAUGAAUAAUAUUGAUGAAUGGGGUAAUGAUUAUAAAUAUUUUGUGAUACCCAUGACAAGAUUAUUAAAUAAUACCCAUUUAUUAAUUAAUCCGGAUAAUCGUCCACCUACUUCUGAAGGUGUCUCUCCACUUCAAAUGCAUAAGAAACCUUCUGUACCAUGGGAAACUUAUGAUAUUCCUCACUUUAAUUCACCUGAAAUUAAAUAUAAAAUGGUAGGAUGGAUUUUUAGACUUUUCUCUGGAAAAGCGUCACUUGAAGAAUCGGGAAUGUUAAGAGCAUUCAAUCGUUUACUUGCCAUUCAAGAUUUUUUAGAUGGAAUUGAUGAACGAAUUGCUCGUACCAAUCAAGGAUUUGAUCCCAACCGAUUAUCUUUGUAUAAUGAGAAAUUACUUAAUACCGCUAGAUUAAAUUAUUGGUCCGAAGGAUUUCAACAUGAUGAAUUUGAUCAAUACACAUCUACUUCUCCAUUUUCAUUACCAAAAAUUUCUACUUCUGCAUUAUUUGAAAAUAUCACAACUUUGACUUUAGCUCAUUUUUUUUCUGGUGAUAGUCGUUAUUCUCUUUGGGCGGCAAAUUUAGUUCGUACUUUUAUCCUUUCAUCUUAUGGAAUUAGUGAACAAGAUGAACUUAAGGUAACAUCUUACAAUUAUGAUUUUGAUGCUGUAAGUGAUGAAGGAUAUGGUUUUCCACAUUUAAACAAAAUUCCUAGAAUGAUACCAAAAUUCUUUGAGAAACCUAGAAAAAAAAAUAAUGAAUCAUCAAUAUUAUCAUUCCCUUAUGAUUUAGUUGAAACCGAUCCUAGUCAUUUUCUUGAUUCCUGUAGAUUACUUUAUAAAUCGAAAACUUUGACUCAUAAAGAAUAUAUUGAAUUACAACAAUUUGCUUCAAGGUGGUUAGAAUAUUUGAUAAAUUCUCCGGAAGGUAUAGCCAGAGCACGUGAACCCGAUCAUAAAGGAACCCUUUAUGAUUUACAAGUUCUUUCAUUAUCAGGAUUUACUAAUGAUGUGAGACUUUAUCUUCGAAUAUCAAAUCGUCUAAGAAUGAGAAUUGGAAAACAAUUUUAUAUUUCCAAUGAUAAUCAACUUGAAAAUUCCAAAGCUCAAGCAGCACAUGAAAAUAAUGAUAAACGAUUAGGAAUAAGGCAUGAAUAUGGUGAUGAACACGAUUAUUUUCAACAAUAUUUAAAUAAAUUUAGUGAUAAAACGAAUUUAGAUAGUACUGCGGUUAGUAAUGAGAGUAGUAAUGAGAGUAGUAAUGAGUGUAGUAAUGAUGGUAGUAAUGAAGCGGGUGGUGGUAGUAUAAUGAUAGAAAAAGAAGAAAGAGAUAAAUUAGAUUUUCGGUUGGGAUUAGGCAAGAAAUCACGAAAAUGGGGAAUACCGCCAUUUUGGAUGUUCGGAGUUGCUUAA